UGCACAUAAUUAUAUGAUCAUAUAAAUUUUGCAUUUAUUUCUUCUCACCAGAGGUCAUGUGGCUUACUUUAGCAGCUAACAAGAUCCUAGAAGACAGACUGAACGAUGAAGAUCACUCAAUAGCUGAUUCUGAAACUACCUCAGCUGAAAUUCAAAAUUUCACAUUAUUUGUUAGCUCAUGGAAUGUUGGAGGCAUCACACCACCUACCAAUUUAAACAUGGAGGACUUGCUUGACACUCGAAACAAUAUGGCUGACAUUUAUGUUCUCGGGUUUCAAGAAAUUGUACCUCUGAAUGCCGGAAACAUCAUAGUGCAAGAGAAUACAAGCAUAUCCAUGCAAUGGAAUUCUCUUAUUAGAGCAUCCCUCAACAUGACUGAUGCUAUCAAUCAAAGGGCUGAGGUUGGAGAAAAUCAAAAGGUUUACCCACUAAAGAGAGAGGGUUCAACAACUAGUAAUUCACCACAGUUUGAAUGCAUAAUUAGCAAGCAAAUGGUUGGAAUUUUUAUUACCAUAUGGGCAAGGACUAAUUUGCUUCCCUAUAUCAGCCAUACAAGUGUCUCCUCUGUAGGCUGUGGUAUCUUCGGCCGCCUUGGCAACAAGGGUUCAGUUUCGGUUAGAUUUUGCUUGCAUGAGACAAGCUUCUGCUUUGUGUGUAGUCACUUGGCUUCUGGUGGAAAUGAAGGAGACAACAGAGAGCGAAAUUCAAAUGUCUCCCAAAUACUAUCACGCACGCUAUUUUCCGCUGUUCCUUUUUACUGUUUGCCGACAAAGAUUUUACAACAUGACAGGGUAAUUUGGCUUGGCGACUUGAAUUACAGGAUUGACUUACCAGAACACACAACUAGAUCUUUGGUCAAUGACCAGCAAUGGAGCACGUUAUUACAUAACGAUCAGUUGAAGGCAGAGCUAAGAGAAGGCUGUACCUUUGAGGGAUGGAAUGAGGAAGAAAUCGAGUUUGCACCGACAUAUAAAUAUAACCAAGAUUCUGACGAUUAUUAUGGCUGCAAUAAUCAGAAAGAGAAAAAGGGAAAGACCCGAGUUCCUGCUUGGUGUGAUAGGAUUAUAUGGUUCGGGAAGGGAUUGAAUCAAAGGCAGUAUAGUCGAGGUGAGUGUAAACUAUCGGAUCACAGACCAGUACGAGCAAUUUUCACAGCAGAGGUCAAGCUUCAAUGUCAAUCGACUGAAAAUUUUGUCAAAAUGUUUUGAUAACAACUUGUGAAAAGUUUCAGAUCAUGGAAAUUGUGACUGAUCCUCGACCAUUUAUGGUUAAAUCUGGAAGCAGUCCCUAGAAUUUUCGCUAAAAAGAGAUAUGCAUGAGAUCUAGUUCUAGAGUCCCAUGAACUAGUGGCUUUGUAAUUAUCAUACAUGGUUGAAAUAAAAUUUUCCCUUUCGACCAAAAAAAAAAAAAAAUCCUAUAAUUUUUGGUGCUAAAAGACGAGCUAAAUUUGCAAACAUAGACAAACUUUCGUAUUUCAUUGAUUGGUUCCACCC